CGCCUAUCCCUCGAAUUACCUCAAGGCACGCACCAAAAAAUGACAUCCCUCUUUGAAACUUACAAUCCCUCGAUCUUAGCGAUCCCAGCAUACUACAUGCUCUCGGUUCUGCCUCACGGUUACGCCAUCAAUGUAGCUACGCAGGGGAAGCUCAAUGCUUGGGAUAACCGCAAUCCGCGCUCCACCGACUUGAAAGCGAGCCUCAAACAGCGCCUACCUGCAGAAACCUUCGCCAAGUAUGAACGGCUUGAGGCGUGCCAUGCCAAUGGAAUGGAGAACUUGCCUUUGUUCGCCUCGGCGGUCAUCUUAGGCAACAUGGCUGGACUGAAGAAGCAAGAUCUUACUGCAUUCGUCGGUACCUUCCUGGCCAUUCGUAUCGCAUACACGGCAGUCUAUGCUACCAAUCAGACGCAGGGAUUAGCGCUCAUCCGUACUGGAAUUUUCAAUGCGGGUGUUUUGUUGUGCUUGCGGACGAUCAUUCAAGCUGCAAGGGCGCUUGGCGGCACCAGAGUCUAGGCAGUUAUCUUAUAUAAGAUCGAGACGGGUGAUAUAAAUCUGACCGAGGAUGUCCAUAUGUCUCGAGAUCACGAAAGAACAGCGUAGUGCAUACAUCGAAGUGACUAAUUGAGCUUUUCCACGGUCAAGAUAAAGCAGUUGUAUGGUAGCCUACUCGAAUAUGUGUUGUUGUCCUUUCCGAG